ACGUACCGCGAGGGCGGGUAAUUUCGAGUAGCGGGAGAAGAGCGGUAACCGUUGGUAGUGGCCGUCCUCCGAUCUGGGGCCCCCGGAGCCGCGAUGGCUCAGCCAGACGAGGAUCGGUGGCCUUCGCGCUUGGUCGACAUGAAAGCAGUAGAUGAUUUGCUGAGAUGUGCAAUUUGCUUUGAUUAUUUCAACAUUGCAAUGAUCAUUCCUCAGUGUUCACAUAACUACUGUUCUCUGUGCAUAAGAAAAUUUUUAUCCUAUAAAACACAAUGUCCAACCUGUUGUGUGACAGUCACAGAACCUGACCUGAAAAAUAACCGGGUAUUAGAUGAACUGGUAAAAAGUUUUAGUUCAGCACGGAAUCAUAUGUUGCGGCUCACUCUAGAUUCACCACCAAUGUCUCCUCUGUCCUCUGGCAAAAAGAAUAUUCCUGGUAAAAUCCAAGUUCCUAAAGUGUCCAUGGGUUCUUCCUUAAGACAUGAAAACAGAAUGAUGGAUUCUUUCUUGAUAAAAGAAAUUAAUUCUCUAAAAACACCAGAGAAACCAAAGAGAGUAAAAGAAAGCAAAAUCAAUCCUAUAGGAAAAAAACCCUGCACUUCUACAGUGAUAAAAGAGACACCAAGUGAAGCCACAGAGGCUCAAAGGCUCACUUCAGUUAAUGGCCCUGAGAAACCCUCCACAUCUGGUUUUAAGGAAGUUAUUAAAGUGGAAUGUCCUGUUUGCAGCGUGAGCAUCCCUGAGGCCUUCAUAAAUAAGCACUUAGAUAGCUGCUUGUCACGAGAAGACAAGAAGGAUAGCCUUAGAAGCUCUGUUAAUAAAAGGAAGACAAUGCCCAAAGUUGUUUACAACUUACUUUCUGACCGUGACUUAAGGAAAAUGCUCAAGGAACAUGGACUUUCUAGUCAAGGGAACAAACAGCAGCUUAUUAGACGGCAUCAAGAGUUUGUGCACAUGUACAAUGCCCAGUGUGAUUCUUUACAUCCCAAGUCAGUUGCUGAAAUAGUUAAAGAAAUUGAAAAUAUGGAGAAGACUCGAGUACAACUGGAAUCAAAUAAACUGAAUGAAAAUGUCAUGGUAUUUACAAAGAACCAGACAGAAAAAGAAAUAGAUGAUAUUCACAGUAAAUAUCGCAAAGAACAUCAGAAUGAAUUUAAACUUCUAGUGGAUGAAGUAAAAAGCCGGUGCAAGAAAAGUGGCAUACUAAUGACCAAAGAAAUAAAGCAAGAGGUAGAGGAAUCCAUGGAAAAAAUAUUGCCUAUAACCAGGGGAGGAGAGGAUAAUAAACCAAUGCACACAGAUCUAAACUCAGCCACAGUCCAGUUAUCCCAGUCAAAUGUGGAAUCUCAGAUGGAGAUGGAGAUGGAGAUGGAGAUGGAGAUGGAGCAAGAUAAGAUUGAUGGCUCUUCUAAUUUACCUGAUGUUCAGGAAAUUCCUCUGUCUACCACAUCGGAUUCAGGAAGCAGCUCCAGCUCAGACAUCAUAAGAGACCUCAUAGAGGAAAAGGAGUUUUUGGCAACAAGAGGCCGAAAUAAAAGCAAGAAGAUGGCCACUAGAAAAUCAUGUCGUUCAGGAACACCAGAAAACAACUGUAGCAAUAGAAGAAGUAAGCGUAUCAAAAAUUAGACUUCCUCCAACUUUUCUAAGUACAGGAUCAAAGUAUGAUACAUUUUGUUAUCCUAAGUAUUUCAUAUUCUUUGACUGUUCAGGGGGAAGGUUAAAAUUCUCAAACUGGUUGUUUAUUGUUGUUGACAGUAAGUUACAUUUAGGCUGAUUUUCGUUUAGCCAAACAAGUCUUAAUCCCUGCUCAUUUGAUUCUCCAUUCCUUCCCCCUCAUCACUAAACACCUUCAUAUGCAACCAGACCCCCCUUCCCUCAGGAUUGGCACAGUGGUGGAUUCUCAGGUGUGUGUUUCUUAAUCAUAAAAUAUCCCUCCUGAGCCAGUUAUUUCCCUCAGCCCAAGGGUUUCUGCUUCUUUUUCCCAAUGAGACUUACAGUAGGAAAACUAGUUGGUAGAAGAAAAUAAUAAGGUGUUUCUAUGGAAAGUUAGGUACAGGCAUUUAGGUGAGCAUUUAUUAAUUAAUAUGCUUGAUUUAGACACAUAUGGUAUCUGAAUUACAGUGAUUUUGCUUGUUAAAUCCUGGUAGAUAUAAUUUAGCAGAAUGUUAUCGUGCAAAUGGCUCUUUGACUGCUUGUUACUUUUGCAUAAAAGAUUAAUAUUUACAUUUAAAAAGCAGCAGUGUUUUAAAAUAAUUAUAAAAUGUAUUCUAUACAAUUCUUGAAAAGGCUCUUAAAGAUUUAAGUGACUCUAUUGAUUAAUAUUUGUGCCUUUAAAUUCCUAAACCACAUUCUUAGUAUUUUGUAUUCUGACAAUUAAAAUUAUAAGUAAAUGGAUUAAACCUUCAUGUCAAUCUAAAUUUUUUUUUAUUUAUAUUAAAAGUUUGUUAUGUAUUGGCACACUACCUCAACAGGCACUCAAAUCCCUUUAAAAAAUAUAUUCCCAAGUAUCACUUUGGUGACACAGUGGUUAGAGCACUGGCCCUGGAGUCAGGAAGACCUAAAUUCAAACCUGGCCUCAGACACUUGAUACUUACUGUCUGUGUGAUCCUGGGCAAGUCACUUAACACCAGUUGCCUAAUCCAUAUGCACACAUGAGCACAUAAACACACGUACACACAGUCUCAGAGAAAAUAGUUUGAUUAUAAGUUGUUAAUAGAGAGAAAUGUAUGUGCCUUUUAACUUUGGGGUAUAAUACUAAUUGUCAGCUGUUGUAUUUAACCAAAGAUUUUUUGCCUCUCGGUGAUGAUUCAGUUUACAUUGUUAUAGUUAUUGUGUAUGACAUAUACCUUUAAAAGAAUAUAUGCUAUGAAUACUUUAGCCGUUAAAUUAUCUUGAACUCGGAAGAAUUCUUACUUGCCUGCAGAAUGUCUGCUGAUGUCUAAAGAACAGGAGUAAGCACUACUAAUAUCAUGGCAACACAUUUCUAAAUGUGCCAGUGACACCAUCAAUUUCUUCCUAUUUCUAAAGUCUGUUUCCACUAACCUUGGCUCUUCAUUAUAUGUUUGGAAACUGAAGUUAAAAAGUGGAGUCUUAGUAUGUCUGAAGGUUGAGUAAUUUCCUAAUCAGAAUGACUUUUUGUCUUUUUUAUGACUAUCCUGAAUCAUACUAUUACAUAAGAAUGUCUCAUUUUGUAAGUAUGAUUUGUUAUUUUAAAGGAAUUUGAAGUAGGACUCUUGAACCCAGAAAGAGAUCUUACAGGAGGCAAAUGUGAAUAAUUUUAACAAAAUAGUGCUACAACUUAUACUAAAAUAAGGCAUCAUAUUUAACUAUGUUAGUCAGUUAUGAUUUUUUUUUGGGGGGGAACUUAACAUUCCAUUUCUUUUCUCUAUGACUUUAUACAUAUUGUCCCCCUGUGUCUGGACGGUGGGCUCCCUUCUCACCUCCAACUUAUAGAAUCCAUAGCUUUCUCUAUAAUGAGGUACCCCCUUAAUCCUUAGUCUUUCUUUUAAACCCUUUCCUGACCCCUUUCACAACCCCCAAUUUUGAAUGCUCUCUUCCUUCUGAAAUUAUUUUGUAUUUAGUUCUCUGUGUACAUCUUGUAUCCCUGAAAACAAUGUCAAUUCCUUAAAAUUAAGUACUGCUUUGUUUUUGUCUCUGUAUUCAAGCACUUGAUGGGAAUAUUGAUACCUAAUAAAUGUUUGUUGAAAUGA